UGUUCUGGUACGCGAAGAUUGAUGACAAAGCGUGUGCUAUAAACACAGCAUCGCUGGUUUAAAGAUUGCUCGUGACCUUGGAGCCAACAGCCAUCAACUUUUUGCAACCAACAUCAGGAUGAUGGAUGAAGAAGGUACCGCCACCACCACCAACAACAACACCGAGCCGUCUGCCGAAGCCACAGCACUAUCAGCUUCUUCCGAUCAGGAGCUACGAGUACCGUGCUAUUGUGAAGAGAAUGUUUGGAGACUGGCAUACCGCAAGCUCCAACAGUCCCAAGCAGCCAAAACGGAGCAAGCUUAUUUUGCAGUCUUUGUGUCGAAUCCUUCCAAAUGCGUCUGUUUCUUUCGUCAAAAAGCCAAUUCCAAUCCAUUAAAACCAAUAUUUUGGGAUUAUCAUGUCCUUCUUUUGGAACAACAAAAGAACUCCACUACUGGUGGUGAAAGUUUGAUUUGGGAUAUUGAUUCCUACCUGUCCUACCCAUGCCCCCUCGCACAUUAUUUGGACCGAGCAUUUCCCGGUCCCCAGCAAUUUGAUAAAGAGGACCUGGCCAAGAUUGCACCGUACUUUCGAGUGGUGCCGGUGGAAACGUUUCUACGAUAUUUUUCGUCGGAUCGCAGCCACAUGUGGGAUGCCGUCAAGCAACAAUGGAUGGCCACUCCGCCCACUUAUCGCUGCAUCCAAGGGGCAUCCCACAAGGCGAAGGCUGCCAACGAUGACGACGACAAGAGCCAAAAUAAAGCUAGCAGCAACUUGAUGACAUACAUGGAUAUGACGCAAAAGCUGGACGAUCCAAUCUUUGGGAGUGUUCUGACGAGGCAGGAACUGGAAGAAAGGUUUUUAUCUGCUUAGUAGUGGCUUCUGGCCAUGCUACUAUUUAGAGAAUACCAAACAACAACAAUUACCGGGUCCGAAAACUAGCUAGUCAGGAGAAAGGAGAGUUUGUUUGUGUGCUGCUAAGUAAGCACUUUGCUUGCUCAGAGUGUUGCGCAUGAAACACAAAGUUCCCCUGCUUGGUGGGACUUUGGCUUUUCUUCUCCGCGUUGGGGACACGCGACAAGCAUUCAAUAUCAUUAUAAUGACGGUUUUAUAGGUGAUGGAACUAAUUCGCGGAUCUGUUACUAGAAGUCUAUUCUAUAGAAUGGGGGGAAAAUCUGUAGAAUGGUCUGAUUCUAUAGAAUACUUGAGGGAGGUAUAUUAUAGAAUACUUUCUAUAAUCAGAUCAAUCUAUAGAAUCAAAGUAUGUGAGAAUCUGUAGAAAUCUUAUUCUAUAGAAUCACACAUCAUCUUCUAUAGAAUCACGCAUCAUAAUCUAUAGAAUCA